AUGUAUAAGAAUGAUAAAAUAGAAUUACGUAAACACUCUACAGAAACGUUAAAAAGAUUAACAAUGGUUGCACAAAGACUUGAACAAGAAGUUGAGAAUAGAUAUUGGUCGGAAAUGUAUGGUGAUCGUAUUUUAUUUAUAAUAAGAAUUGGUUCAAUGAUUUUAAUGUUACUUAUAAUUGGAUUAAUUGUCACUGGAAAAGGUUCAAUAUCAUAUAAUAAUAAUAAAAAAGAAACAUUUUUUAUAUGGUUAUCUUUUGAAAAAUGGUUAACAUCACAACAUAAAGAUUUACCAAAAACAUUUAUAAAUAUAAAUGUUGGUUGGCAAUAUUUUUGUGUUUUUACUAUUAUUAUAAUACUACUAUUACAAAUAUAUUAUACAUUUCUUCAUAUAAAAAAAGUAGAACAUUGCCUUAGAAUUUGUAAAUUAGUACAUUCAGGAUGUUGUUUUACACUUUUUUUUCUUUUUUUUGUUGAAGGAUUUUUUUCAUUUUGUCCAUGGAUUACAUUUAAUUUUGAAAAUAGUAAAAUUGUUAAUGAAAUUCCUAAUGAUAAAAUUUUUCAAAUUACAUCAUGUUCUAUUGGUGGGUGGUUUUUGGCAGCACAAUUACUUCUAGCAACAUCAUUAAUAAUGUGUUUUGAAUUUUUUAUAAUAUUAAAUAUUGGAUCAACUGAUAUUCAUAGGAAUGAUAGGCGUAUUGUAAAUAUAAAAUUUCAAAGAACUACAGUAUAA